CCAACCUAAACUAACGCUAGUCAAAUCACAACAAUGAAGACUCCGCCGCUGCCACCACCUCGGCCACCACCACCUCCUCCUAUUCCCCAAUAAAUAUCACACAAAUCAACACAACGCUCUCACACGUACAGAAGAGGCAAAACCAAGCUUCAGAGAGACAGAGAGGCUACCCGCAGCCACCUCCCUCACCGCUGCAAUGUCGAUUCCCGCCACCCUCCGGUUCACAUCAUCACCACCGCCGCCUUCCUUCUCCAAUCCCAACCCUUUCUCAUCACCAACUUCCUUCGUCUUCUUCAGCUCGAAAAAUCCGAAAUCCCUCUCUCUCAUCCUAUACCCUAACAAGCAUUCCCUGUUCACGACCCUGUCCCCAAAUGCCGCCUCAACCAACAGCGAGAUCAAUGUCAAAUUGGUCACCGAAGGGGGCGGCGGAGACAACGGAGACGGAGUCGGAGGGGGCGGCGGAGGCGGAGGCGGAGAUGACAGUUAUGGGAGUGAAGGCGAUAACAACAAGAGGAGGAACAGGAAGGAAGCGCUGAUGGCCUUGGCUGAGGCGGGAAGGAGCCUCGAGAGCUUGCCCAACGACUUGAAAGCUGCGGUGGAAGACGGCAGAGUGCCUGGAUCGAUUAUUUUGAGGUAUUUCGAUCUCGAAAGCUCUGGAUUUCUAUCAUGGUUAAUGAAGUUCGGCGGAUUCAAGGAGAGGUUGUUGGCUGACGAUCUCUUCUUGGCUAAAGUUGGCAUUGAGUGUGGCGUUGGAUUAUUCACCAAGACUGCUGCAGAAUACCAGCGUCGCAAGGAAAACUUUUUCAAUGAGCUGGAAGUUGUAUUUGCUGAUGUGGUGAUGGCUAUAAUAGCAGAUUUUAUGCUUGUCUAUCUUCCGGCUCCUACUGUCUCUCUGCGUCCUCCUCUUGCUCUGAAUGCUGGACGCAUUGCUAAGUUCUUUUACAGCUGCCCAGCUAAUGCGUUUCAGAUUGCUUUGCCUGGAUCCUCAUUUUCAUUGAUGCAGAGGAUAGGUGGCGUAGUGCGGAAUGGUGCAAAGCUGUUUGCUGUUGGCACUACUUCGUCUCUGGUUGGUACAGUCGUGACAAAUGCAUUGAUAAAUGCUCGUAAAGCUGUCAAGGACUCAGAUCGAGAUGAUGUGGAGAACGUUCCGGUCAUAAAAACAAGCGUAGCUUAUGGUGUUUACAUGUCUGUAUCAAGCAAUCUUCGAUACCAGAUUCUGGCUGGUGUUAUCGAGCAACGCUGCUUAGAACCAUUGCUUCACCAACACAAGUUGUUCUUGAGUGCAAUUUGCUUCGCUGUGCGAACAGGCAACACGUUCUUAGGCUCACUACUGUGGGUGGAUUAUGCUCGUUUUAUUGGAAUACAAUAGGCUCAGUCAGUAUCAAGAAUCGCAGGCAGAAAAUACAUGCCUUUGCCUCCAUUCUGAUGUGCAGUGGUUGAAUGUGGGACUUGUGAUCAUAAACACCACUUGUUUGGUGGCUGAGAAUACAAGGACUUGGUGUAGUUAAUUUUCAAGAUAAAUGAAAUAUGUAUGGUUGGCGUGUGCAAAUUUGAAAUUUGCAAGAGGAGAUCAUGUCUUUUUAUCUAAAUAUUCCAUUAUAAAUUGCUAGAUAGAUUUUAUUUUCUCAGCCAAUUCAGAGUAUGAGCAGACACUAGUACAUGAAAAAAAUAAAAUAUUUGUGUAUCUAUUCA